GUCGAUGUUCUAGUUACCAGUCCAGAGUCCGGAUCAAUCUCGUGGCCAGCUCGGUUGAUCAUGGGUAGGGAGGAGCCGGGCUCCGUCGGUCGCGACACGAUGCUCCGGGGAAGUCUUGGCAGGAUGAAGUUUCCUGGCAAGGCCCCGUUUACAUAGUGAUUUUCCUUCAUCGGGACCAAUGAGUUUUGCAGCGUCCUGCUGUGAUCAAUUGUUGUUUGACGAGGGCUUGUUUUCUGAAAUUGUCCUUCUCAGCCUUUAUCUGGUUCUUCCAUCGAGUCCCUCAGGGAGUUACCCCAGGCUGGGUUUGACCACAGCUCUCUUGUCCCCAUCUCAUCUUUAGAGUCGUCAGCCUGCCCUCCUCUGAUAGCGACGGCCUUCACGCUUCUCUCUCAACACCCGUUCCUCAGUCGCACACAAACCAGAAUUCGUUCACACGGAGCCUUUUGAACCGGAACAUCAAGUUGCAAUGCAGACGAACAACAAUCCGGGCCUUUUUUGACUUAUUUUAACAUGCUAAACCUACAGCAAAGGGGUGACCCUCCCAGGCUCCGUGAUGGCGGACGACCAUGAAGGGGACCAAGCUGCUGACAGUGGCCUUGGCCCUGCUGACGCUGCUGGCCCUGAAGGCCUACAUUGACUGGAGCUUGGAUCAGCCCAAGGGCCUGCCCCACCCUGAGCCCGCCUGGGCCACCACCCCCCUCCUGCUGGCCGAGCCGCUGGGGGACGACCCGGUGGGGCUGCUGCUCCGUCUCAACGCCUCGCUGCGGCGGCUGCGCGGCAGCGUGCCCGAGGCGGACGCCUACUGGAACCGCCAGCAGCAUGGGCUCUUCCGGGCGCUGGAGGGGGGCCCGGCCAACGGCACGUGGGGCUGCGGGGACGGGCUGGCCGCGGCGGCCGCCAUCAGGGACUUCGCCUCGUACCCGGAGCAGCACCAGCGCUUCGUGCUGCACGCCGAGUGCCGCAGCUUCCCGCUGCUGGUGAACCAGCCCCGCAAGUGUGCCGGCAACCGGACCUUCCUGCUGCUGGCUAUCAAAUCCGUGCCAGGCAACUUCGCCGCCCGCCAGGCCGUGCGGGAGACCUGGGGCCGGGAGGGGGAGCCUGGGGGGCAGCCGGUGCGCACCCUCUUCCUGAUGGGCGCGGCCCGCGGGCAGCACCAGCCUGACCUGCGGCACCUGAUCGCCUACGAGAGCCGGGCCUACGGCGACGUCCUGGUGUGGGACUUCGAGGACACGUUCUUCAACCUGACCCUCAAGGAUUUCCUCUUCCUGGGCUGGGCGCUGGCGCACUGCCCUGACGCCCGCUUCGUGCUCAAGGGCGACGACGACGUCUUCAUCAACACGCCGCGGGUGCUGGCCUUCCUGGGGCCGCUGACCGGGCGCCGGGCCCAGACACUCUACACCGGGCAGGUCAUGGCCAACGCCUCCCCCUUCCGCCAGGCCACCAGCAAGUACUACAUCCCCGAGUCCUUCUACGCCGGGCCGUACCCGGCCUACGCCGGCGGGGGCGGCUACAUCUUCUCGGGCCGCCUGGCCCCGGCCCUCUUCCUGGUGGCCCAGCACCUGGCCUUCUACCCCAUCGACGACGUCUACACCGGGCUGUGUUUCCAGGCGCUGGGGGUGCGGGCCGAGGCCCACCCCGAGUUCCAGACCUUCGACAUCGCCGAGAAAGACCGGGCCGACCCCUGCGCGCACCGCCAGCUGCUCCUGGUGCAUCGGCGCAGCCCCCAGCAGACUGUGCGGCUGUGGCGGCAGCUGCAUGACCCCCAGCUGAAAUGCUGACCGGGGGGAGGCUGAGCUGGCCAAGAACGGGCCAAGCGGAAACAUGGGCUCGGCUCUCUGCCGCCAGAACCGCAAAUUCCCUCCCGUUGUGUUUCCCCGGCCCCCCAGCAGCGAGGCAGGCGCUGGGCCAUGGAACUGGGCGGGAGCUGUGUGCACCCGGGGGCGGGGGGCACUGCCCUGUCGUUCCCGGACGGGCCAUUAAAGA